UAAUUUUCAUCGGAAAUUUAUUAAUUUGUUGAGACGGUCCAUUGUAUACAGACAUGUUCCUCUCUCUUUCUCUCUCCAUGUUUCUAUAAAUUCCAAUUCGGCUCCCAGACUUUUGCAUACAACACAGACACAAAAAAUAAGAGAGAAAGUGAGAGAUAGAAACUUCUGUAUGUGCAUGUAAUGCACAUGGAGAGUUGAUCAUUAAGAGAGAUAAACAUUUUUGUCUCUGUUUGCGUUCGCUUGCUCGCAAUGGCAUCUUCGCCAACUUCCUCCGCCGUCGUCCGCCGUGAGGCUGCCGCCGCCGUUCCCGGGAAUUGGACGCCUUUGGCCGUCGACGACCCCAACCAGUUCGGAAAGAACUCCGCUCAGGCGUCCUCUGCCUCCGGUUCCACAAAAGAAUUACAGGUCAUGUUAAGGCCACACACGUGCCAUCCUUUGGACCCUUUAUCCGCCGCCGAGAUCUCCGUCGCAGUCGCCACCGUUAGAGCCGCCGGCGACACCCCUGAGGUAAGGGAUGGAAUGCGAUUUAUAGAGGUGGUUCUAGUGGAACCGGACAAAAGCGUUGUUGCAUUAGCAGAUGCAUACUUCUUCCCACCUUUCCAAUCAUCCUUGUUGCCCAAAACAAGAGGGGGCCCUCUCAUCCCUAACAAGCUUCCACCACGGCGAGCUAGGCUCAUCGUUUACAACAGGAAAAGCAAUGAGACAAGCAUAUGGAUCGUUGAGCUAGCUGAAGUGCACGCUGCGCCUCGUGGUGGACACCACAAAGGAAAAGUCAUUUCAUCCAAUGUUGUUCCGGAUGUUCAACCACCCAUAGAUGCUCAGGAGUAUGCUGAUUGUGAAGCUGUGGUGAAAAGUUAUCCUCCUUUUAAAGAGGCAAUGAAGAGAAGGGGCAUUGAUGAUUUGGAUCUUGUGAUGGUUGAUCCUUGGUGUGUUGGUUAUCAUAGUGAGGCUGAUUCCCCUAGCAGGAGGCUUGCCAAACCAUUAGUGUUCUGCAGAGCAGAGAGCAAUUGCCCAAUGGAAAAUGGAUAUGCUAGGCCAGUUGAAGGAAUAUAUGUGCUUGUGGAUGUGCAAAACAUGGAGAUUAUCGAGUUUGAAGACCGCAAACUUGUUCCCUUACCGCCCGUUGAUCCAUUGAGGAAUUACACCGCUGGUGAAACACGAGGAGGGGUUGAUCGUAGUGACGUUAAGCCCCUGCACAUUAUUCAGCCAGAGGGUCCUAGCUUUCGCAUUAGUGGCAACUAUGUAGAAUGGCAGAAGUGGAACUUUAGGAUUGGUUUUACGCCUAGAGAAGGUUUAGUCAUACACUCUGUUGCAUAUCUUGAUGGUAGUCGAGGCCGAAGACCCAUAGCUCAUAGGCUAAGCUUUGUGGAGAUGGUUGUGCCUUAUGGGGAUCCAAAUGAUCCCCAUUACAGGAAGAAUGCAUUUGAUGCUGGGGAAGAUGGGCUUGGGAAAAAUGCCAAUUCACUCAAAAGGGGAUGUGAUUGCUUGGGAUUUAUUAAGUACUUUGAUGCACAUUUUACAAAUUUCACUGGGGGCGUUGAAACGAUUGAGAAUUGUGUGUGUUUGCACGAAGAGGAUCACGGGAUACUUUGGAAACAUCAAGACUGGCGAACAGGGUUAUCUGAAGUUCGUCGCUCAAGGCGACUCACAGCUUCUUUUAUCUGCACUGUGGCUAACUAUGAAUAUGCAUUCUACUGGCAUUUCUACCAGGAUGGGAAAAUUGAGGCGGAAGUUAAACUUACAGGAAUUCUAAGUUUGGGAGCUCUGCAGCCCGGGGAAUCACGAAAAUAUGGCACCAUGAUUGCUCCGGGGUUAUAUGCUCCGGUUCAUCAACACUUCUUUGUGGCACGGAUGAAUAUGGCUGUGGAUUCGAAGCCCGGUGAAGCACACAAUCAGGUGGUUGAAGUGAAUGUGAGGAUUGAAGAACCUGGGAAUGAAAAUGUUCACAACAAUGCAUUUUAUCCUCAGGAAACUUUGCUUAGAUCUGAAUUGCAGGCAAUGCGUGAUUGUGAUCCCUUUUCAGCUCGCCAUUGGAUUGUGAGGAACACAAGAACAUUGAACAGAACUGGACAACCAACCGGAUACAAACUAGUGCCAGGUCCAAAUUGUUUGCCAAUGGCUGGUCCAGAGGCCAAGUUUCUAAGAAGAGCUGCAUUCUUGAAACACAAUUUGUGGGUAACUCAGUAUGCUCCGGGAGAAGAUUUUCCAGGAGGAGAGUUUCCGAAUCAAAAUCCUCGUGUUGGUGAGGGAUUAGCUUCGUGGGUAAAACAGGACCGCAGUCUGGAAGAAACCGACAUUGUUAUGUGGUAUGUUUUCGGAAUCACGCAUGUUCCUCGCUUGGAAGACUAUCCUGUCAUGCCGGUUGAACACAUUGGGUUUGUACUCCAGCCUCAUGGAUUCUUUAACUGUUCGCCGGCUGUGGAUGUGCCUCCGCCGCAAGGAUGCCACUCAGAAACUAGGGAGACUUAUCAUGUAGACGCGGCUUCGUCUCCUCCAUCUCCUACUUUGAUCGCCAAACUAUGAACAAUGCAACGUUUUGCUUUGGUUCUUAAACCAAUCUAAAGUUUCUUAGACCUAAAGAUAAUACAAUACCUACUUGUCUUUGAUUUUGACAAUAUAUUUUUCUAGGCAUUUAUUCAAGCAUGAAAUAAAUUUGAUGUUUCAAAUUA